AUGGGAAAUGGUUCGAUUUUUGUAACAAAAAAUAUUUAUCAAGCUUCAAUUCCAUUUAAUUAUUUGAGAAAGUUACUUGGACUUGGAAGUUAUCGGAUAAAUAGAUGGAGAUGUGAUAUUAGGACAUCAUUUUGUGACUUGUUGGUUCUAAUAAUUCAAAUUUUUGUCUGGGUUGUAUUGACAAUACUUAACAUCACGAAUUUGUAUGACAGCAUUGAUCGUGGAGAGUUCAAGGAAUCAAAUUUCCUCAAUAAAAUCCAAGAAAUCACAUUUACGAUUCAAAUGCUUCAAUUGCCGCUUUUAAUCAUAUUCAAUCAUAAAAGAAGACGACACAUAAAGAAAAUGCUUAAAUCUUUUGAUGCUUUUGAUCGGAAAUUAAGAGAUGAACAUUGGCCGUAUAAGGUCAAGAAUUCAAGGACAUACUUUAUAUUUCUUGUUGUUUUGAUCACAACUGAUGUCAUUUUAUCAUUUCUCAUGCAACUUCUGGUUCCACCUGAUUAUGUCAUAAUCUUAGUGAUGACUUUCAAUAAUGUGGUCUACAUUGUUGUGUCUAUUCAAUUUACUCUGGCUAUAAUUGCAGCUAUAAAGAGAUUGGAAGUUUUUUUUGCAAAUGUGCGUUGUUCAACAGUUAUCAUGAGCAUCGGUUCUUAUUUUAAAGCUCAAAACAUAUUUCAAGCUUCAAUUCCUUUCAAUUAUUUGGGAAAGUUUUUUGGCUUGGGAACCUACAGCAUUACAGAUUCGGAAUGUGACAUUCAGUCUUCAAUCAUUGAUUUAGUGAUAUUAUCAGGAACAGUUUUGUUUUGGAGCUCUAUUGUAGUUCACUACACUGUUGAAAAUAUAAUCGAUGGAAAUAAAGAAGUUCUUGGCGAAUCUGACUUUUUGAAUCAAAUUCAGCAGAUUGUUCUCAUCAUUGGAAUUCUCAUGACUAUAUUUCUAUGUCUUUUCAAUCACAAUCGACGUCAUCACAUUCAAAAUAUUCUAAAAUCAUUAAACGAUUUUGAUCAAAAGUUAAUCAAGGAACAUUGGACAUUUCAAAUUAAAUGUUCAAGAACUUAUAUUGUUCCUUUAGUGAUUUUUAUGCUGAUUUAUGUGAUACUAUCAGUUCUUAUGAAAGUUAUGGUUGAUAAUACAUUUACUAGGAUUGUGCUUCUCACAUUCAAUAGUUUGACUUACAUUGUGGUUUCUAGUCAGUUCAUCUUUGCUGUAAUUGAAGCUAUUAAAAGGAUGUCAAUUUUAUUUAAAAAUGUUCGUGCUAGUCCUAUUGCAAUGAAAAUAAGUUCAUAUUUAAAAGCUCAAAACAUUUAUCAAGCUGCAAUUCCAUUCCAUUAUUUGGCAAAACUAUUUGGAUUGGGAACCUACAGAAUCACAAGUUUGGAAUGUGACAUCAAGUCAUCAAGUUGUGAUUUAGUUGUGCUAGCAGGGACAGUAUCGUUUUGGACUUUACUUGCAGCUUAUCAUAUCUUUCAAACUUUUGGCUUCAGUUCUAAACUUGAUGACAACUCAAAAUAUUUAAAUCAAAUUCAGCAAUUAAGUUUAAUCACAGUAAUCGCUUGUACAAUAUUUUAUGGUCCUAUUAAUCACAUCCAACGACGUCACAUCCAAACCAUGCUUAAAUCAUUUGAUGAUUUUGACCAGAAAUUAAAGAAUGUUCACUGGACACAUCAAAUCAAGAACUCAAGAAUCAGUUUUCUGCUCCUCAUAACUAGCAGUGCUAUUACUAUUGCCAUGAAAAUAAGUUCAUAUUUGAAAGCUCAGAACGUUUAUCAAGCCUCAAUUCCUUUCCAAUAUCUUACAAAGUGUUUUGGGUUGGGAACGUACAGAAUCACACGAUAUGGAUGUGACAUCAAGUCGUCAUGCUGUGAUUUGGCUGCAUUAGCAGGAACAGUUUUGUUUUGGACUUUUAUUGCAGCAUUUUCUAUCUUUCAAAUGAUUACUUUCGACACGAGUGAACUUGAUGGCAACUCAAACUAUUUAAAUCGCAUUCAGCAGUUAAGUUCCAUCACAUCAGUUGUUGGGACAAUAUUUUUCGGACCUUUUAAUCACAUUAGAAGACGUCACAUUCAAUGCAUGCUGAAAUCAUUUAAUGAUUUUGAUAAGAUGUUAAGGAAGGUUCAUUGGACAUAUCAAAUGAAUAGCUCUAGGAUUUAUUUCCUAUACUUAGUGACAUUUCUGAUUGGUUUUACGAUAUUAUCGCUACUUAUGACGCCAUUAGUUGAUAAUGGGAUAGAAGAGGUUAUGCUGCUUACAUUCAAUAACUUAAACUACAUUGUGGUUUCUAGUCAGUUCAUUUUUGCUGUGUUUGGUGCUAUAAAGAGAAUGAACAUUUUAUUUUUAAAUGUUCGGUAA